AUGCGACCAUCAGCUUCUCCCUUCCAGAACAAUCAGACUAGCAAUCCCCGCGCCCAUUCCCCCGGUUCCAUGAAUCUUCGCCAGCGAGGCCCGGCCCGCUCUGCCACCUUCGCAGAGGGUUGUUCAUCAAAUCUAAAAAAUGAACGACGCAACUCGACCUUCUCAGAUUCGGUCUCCGAAGCACGGAAUUCCAUCCGAUCCUCCACGGACGACCUAUUCUUCCCGCGCGCAGCCAAGGGUUCCUUCGAUGCUGCGGAUGCGUCCAAUGAGGAGUCGCACUGGCAUUCUGCACCCUUGGCCCUCGCCCUCCUACCUGCCAUCGCAGGAGUCUUUUUCCAGAACGGAAGCGCCGUCGUAACAGAUGUUACUCUGCUGGUGUUAGCAGCCAUCUUUUUGAACUGGUCCGUGAGACUGCCAUGGGAUUGGUAUCGCUCCGCCCAAGCGAUCCGACAAGACAAAUUCUACGAUGCGAACGAAAUCCCCGUAGACAUAGAGAUCGACCACACCCAGGAUGCAAAAGAAGACUCAGCCCCAGCAAAACAACGCGCAACCGAAACAGCCAGCGCCGCCAGUAGGGAAUUGCAAAUCCACGAAAUCGUCGCUCUGGCUUCGUGCUUCAUCUUCCCGCUCAUCGGAACAUGGUUGUUACACGGAAUUCGAUCCAAACUGUCUCGACCCUCAGAGGGCUUAGUCUCGAACUACAACCUAACCAUAUUCCUCCUAGCAUCGGAGAUCAGACCCUUUGCCCAUCUAUUACGAAUGGUCCAAGCGCGCACGCUCCAUCUCCAGCGCGUCGUCGCAUCAUCCACCGAACCCCCCAAAGACAGAAUAGACGCCAGUAAGAUAAUCGACCUCUCCAAACGACUGGAAGAGCUCGAAGCCCACAUAGCAGAAACAGCUGCGGCGCGCCUCGCCCCUAGCCAGGAACAGUUGCAGCCCCAAGCGCAAGACUCCCUCGUCUCACAUACCACAACAGAAGUGCGGAAAUCGGUCCAGCCGGACAUCGAUGCCCUGAACCGCGCCGUGAGACGCUACGAGAAACGUACCGCGAUGACUUCCUUCCAGACGGACUCCAGAAUCGAAGCGCUAGAGGGUCAGGUCCGGGAUGCUAUUUCUCUAGCUGCUGCUGCGCAGCGUCCCAGCGUACGGAAACCGAAGAAUUCUGUGCUCCUGCUGCUCGAGUGGCUUUAUACGCUUGUUAUGCUCCCUGCUCAGGUCUUCGCGUCCUUGGCUGUACUGCCAUUUCAUGUCGCGAGGCGGUGCCUGCGGUUUGUGCAGGAUAUUUUUCUUUCGAAAGCAAACCCACAACCAAAACUUGCGAAAGGCAAGCUACCGCAAGACCGUAAAGCGCGGUCCCCGAAACGCCCAAGACGAGUACCCCAGCAAGACUCGGCAGAGACACAAGGACUAAAGUCCAUUCGCGAAUAUACAUGA